AUGGCGGGAGCCCCGCCCCCUUUCCCCCUUCCCCCUCACGCAGGCGCCGCAAGCCCCGCCCCUCGCCCCUCAGCGCGCGUGCGCGGGGCGCGUUCCCGCCUCCCGCCGCAAGCCCCGCCCCUCGCUCCCAGCGCGCGUGCGCGGGGCGCGCUCCCGCCGACCCUCAGCGCGCCCCCCUACCCCUCCCAGUGCGCGUGCGCGGGACCGUGGAAUGUCACCCGCUCCGUGGCCAUGCUGCGGUGUCGCGCUGUCGCCGCCCGCAUCCCCGGGGCCACCGGCUCCGGUGGCGGUGUCCUGCUGUCCGUCACCUUCCGAGGUGUCCCCAGGAGGACGCGGGUGGUGGCCGAGGAGCGCAGCCCCACCUGGAACGAGGAGCUGCUGUGGCCGCUGGACACGCGUCCCCUGAGUGCCACCGACACUCUGGAGCUGCGACUGCGACACUGGGACUGUCCCCUGCCCCAGGGCGACCUGGGUGCCACCACGGUGUCGCUGGAGGAGUUGGUGGCCAAGCCCAGCGUGCCGGUGGCCCUCAGGGACAUCCCACUGCUGGACCACCGGGAGCGGCCCACGGGGCACACCGUCACCUUCCUCUGCUCCUUUGACGCUCACGUCUCCAGCGGGGACAUCGCUGUCACCCAGUGCCCGGUGUCACCGGUGCCACCCGCGCUGUCCCCCGCAGACAGGCGGGAGGAUUUCCAGGUCCGGGUCAGGGUCAUCAAGGGCCACCAACUGCGGGGCAAGGACAUCAAACCCGUGGUGAGGGUCCGGAUCGGGAAGAGAAACUUCCAGAGCCGCAGCCGGAGCGGGAACAACCCCUACUUCAAUGAGGUGUUUUGUCAGAAUUUCCGCCUGACGCCGGAGCAGCUGCUGGCACAAAACAUCCAAAUCCAGGUGCUCCGAUCACCGCGCGCCUGCAUCAAACCCGUCAUUGGCGUCUGCGAGCUCGACAUCGGCACCAUCUACUCUGCCCCAGGCCGCAGCCUGAGCUGGAAGUGGCUGAGCCUCCGGCACCCCCAGCACCGCGACGGCCGCUCCCAGGGGCUCCUCCAGCUCAGCCUGAGGGUGCGGCGCGCCGGGGAGAGCACCCAGGAGCCGGAGGUGCCGGAGGGGGGGGGACAGGACGUGGCUUCCAACCUGCUGCGGGUGGCGACCUGCGGGAGCACCCUGCGCGUGCGAGUGUUCCGAGCCGAGGAGCUGCUGUGGGUGGAGCCGGCGCGGCCGUGCCAGGGAUCGGUGAAGGUUUCGGUGAGGGUCGGGUUCGCCGGCAGGAGCCUCUGCACCCACGGGGUGCCCCUCGACCCCAACCCCGAGUGGAACGAGGUUCUGCUGUUCCCCCUGCGGCUGCCCCCGGUCUGUGACGAGAUCCUGCUGGAGAUCCUGCGAGGCUCGUGCCGGAACAAAACCCUGGCCAGGGCCACGCUGAGGCUCCCCCAAAUCUGCCGGGACCCCGAGGAGCUCGAGGAGGGGUCCCCCCAUUUCCUCCCCUCCUUCGGGCCCAGCUUCGUCCCCCUCUACGGCCCCCGGCCCGACGCUGCCCGGGGUUCGGGGCCGGUUUUUCGGGGCCGGCUGCUGCUCGAGCUCUGCUCCCACCCGGGGACCCCGGCCCGGCACCAGCGAGAGCCCCUCGCAGCCGUGGAUGCUGAGCGGGUGCAGAGCCGCCUGUCCCUGUCCCGCUGCCAGCUCGGGCUCUGCGGGGUUUUCUACUCGGUCUCGUCGGUACCGGCGGGUCCCGAACCGCUGAGCCUCGAGCUCGGCAUCGGCGGAGCCGCGGCCGCCACGGCCCCGGAGCGGCCCCGGUGCGACGGGAACCUCCACCACUACCUGCCGUGGUUUGGGGACAAACCGGUGGCCGCUGUCACCUCGCACUGGGAGGACGCCGGGCACCGCUGGGACAGCCUGAACCUCCUGAGAGCGCUGGGACAGCGGCUGGAGCGGAACCUGGCGGAGCUGCGGCAGCACCGCGGGGGCUCGUCCGGGUCCGUGCGGGCGCGGCUGCUGCGGGAACUGGCCCAGGACUGCACAGACGCUCUGGGCUGCCUGGACUCUCAACCCGUCGUGACGACGCUGGACCAGCAGCUCCGCAGCGCCCGGCGCCUCCUCCUGCGGCAGCUGCGGCGUUUGGCCGAGGGGGACCCCGAGAAAAUUCCGGAAUUACGCGGGGACGCUUUGGGGACGGCGGCUCGGGGCUGGCUGCGACGCGUGGCCGCGCUGGCCGUGGAGCCCCAGGCCGGUGUCCCCGACGUGCAGCUGUGGCUGGUGAGGGGACAGCGGAGGGUGGCCUCGGCUCGUGUGGCCGCCACCGAUGUCCUGCACUCGCCGCGCGGCCCCGGCGCCUGCGGCCGCCUCUGCGGGAGGAUCCUCACCCUGUUCCUGCUGGAGGAGCAGCCGCGGCUCUGGGGCCUUUGGGGGUCCCGGAAGAUUUUGGGGCUCCCCGGGUUCAGCUCCGGGGCCCCCCCGGGGCAGCUCCGGCCCCCCCCGGGCUGGCGCUGGGCCGGGCCCUGGAGCCUGGAGCGGCCACCGAGGGUGUCGCCGGGCCCCGAGCCCGCGGUGAGCGCGGUGCUGGAGGAGCUCUACGAGAACCAGAGGAGAGACCCCGCAGGGAGCUGGAGCCCCGCCGGUACCGGCAGCACCGACUCGGAGGGCCAGGCCGUGCCACCCAAGGAGGAGGUGGCCUGUCCCCAGGGCUGGAGCGUCACCAGCGACUGGCACGUGGACACCGAGGGGGACGUGGAUGAGGAAGGGUGGCAGUACGGGCUGGGCACAGACGAUGGCAGUCCCCCGGCGCGGUGGCACCGCAGGGGACAGCCCUGUCACAACCUGCGGCGGCGGCGCUGGCUCCGGAUCCGCCACAGGGACACCGAGACACGGGAACAGGACACGCUCAGCACCCUGGACCCCGAGGAUCUGUGGGAGGACGAGGCCUGGCACCCCGAGUGUUUUUGGGGCUGCCCCUUCCAGCCCAAGGUCCCGGCGGGUCCCCGGUGCCGCCGGCGCCGCUGGCAGCGCCGCCUGCUCCCCGCCGAGCCCCCGCCCGUGGCUCCGCUCUUCCUCCUCCGGGGGACACCGGUGUCACCCCGGGCCAGCCCUGUCCCCUCCCGGGACAUCCAGGAGCCGGCCCAGGACAACCCCGGGCAGCUCCCGGGGGGCUCCUCCCUGACACCCCCGCAGCAGCCGCCCAUCUUCAUCCUCUGCAGCUUCCAGCGACCCGGCCGCUUCCAGCUCCGCUGUUACAUCUUCCAGGCGCUGGAUCUGGCUCCCGGCAGCUCCAGGACCCCGCAAGGUGUCACCGCGCAGGUGUCGUUCGUGUCCCUGAGCCAGCGCACGCGGGAGGUGCGGGGGGCUCCGGAGCCGCGCUGGGAGCAGACCCUGCUCUUCCCGGGGGUGCUGCUCUUCGGGGACCCCCGCGGGACACAGCAGGACCCCCCGGCCGUGGUGGUGGAGGUGUGCGAGCAGAGGGAACAGGGUUCCUCUGCUCUCCUGGGGAGGAGCGUGUGCCUCCCGCGGGUCUGGCUGGACGUGCGACACCGGGAGCCGCCCCGGCUCCAGCCUCACCCCCUGCACGGCCCGCGGGGCCCGGCCGGGGAGCUGCUGGCGGCCUUCGAGCUCCUCCACGAGCCCGAGGACGGGACCCCCGUCCCGCUCAGGCCCCCGCCCCUGAUGAGGAACGGCGAGUUCGGCUUCCCCCCGGAGCUGCGGCCGCGCCUGCAGAGGGUGGCGCUGGAGGUGCUGGCCUGGGGGCUGCGGGGGCUGCGCGGGGCCGUGCGGGAGCCGCGCCUGGAGCUGCAGUGGGGGGAGCAGAGCCUCUGGACCCCCCCGAUCCAGGACAUGGCCACCGACCCCAACUUCCCCAGCAACGCCUUCGUGCUCACCCUGGCGCUGCCCGAGGAGGAGCGGUUCGUGCCCCCCAUCCGCCUGCGCCUCUGGGCCGGCACCGAGCGGCGGCUGCUGCUGGGCCAGGCCAGCGUCAGGGACCUGGGGCGGUUCCGGUGCCCCCCGCCCCGUCCCGAGCGGCUGCUGGGCUCCGGCAGCGGCUCUCACACGGCUGUGACAAUGCCAGAGGAUCUCCUCUCCCCGCCCGUCUCCUCCAGCCUCUGGAAGCGUUUCUGUUCCUUUCUCCUGGCCACAGCCCCAGCCAGGAUGGCUCAGGACCUGCUCAGCUGCCUCAGGGACAUCAGCGCUGGGGACCAGGACGAGGAAGAUGAGGAUGAGGAUGAGGAGGAUGAGGAGGAGGAGGAGGAGCAGAGGGACUGGUGGAGUAAAUUCUACGCGUCCAUGGAGGAAAAGGAGCCCAAAUCUCGGCGGGGAACCAACAGGGACAGACUGAAGAUCUACGGCUGCGAGCUGGAGGCGGUGCCGGAAUUCGAGGGGCUGCAGGAUUUCUGCCAAACCUUCCCCCUCUCCAAACCGCGCCGCGCCCCCUCGGCCGCGCAGCCCCCGGAACCCGUGGCCAACUUCAAGGGGCUUUUCCGCAUCUACCCCGUGGCCGAGGAGGCCGGGCCGGGCCCCGCCGUGCCCCGGUUCUUCCAGCGGCUGCCGCCCCGGGAGCCCCAGCGCUGCCUCCUGCGCGUCUACAUCGUGCGAGCCCUGGAGCUGUCACCCCGCGAUGUCACCGGGCUGAGCGAUCCCUACGUGCGGGUGUCGCUGGGGAAGAGGACGCUGGGACAGAGGGAGCAGUACGUGCCCAACACGCUGGAGCCCGUGUUCGGCAGGCUGUUCGAGCUGACGGCCACCAUCCCCCUGGAGAAGGACCUGCGUGUCACCAUCAUGGACCACGACAAGGUCCCCCCGGACCAGGAGAUCGGCAGCACCACCAUCGACCUGGAGAACCGGCUGCUGUCACUGCGGCGCGCACACUGCGGGCUGCCAGCACGCUACCACACGUCCGGUCCGUGCUGCUGGCGGGACCAGCUGUGCCCCAGCCGCUCCCUGGAGCUGCUCUGCGCCCGCCGGGGGCUGCCCGGACCCCGCUACAGCCCCGGGGGCACCGCGCUCAGCCUGGGCGGGCACAGCUACGAACUGGGGGACUUCGAGAGGGGUGACCCCCCUUUGGAGCAGCCCGGGGCCGCCCGGGAGCGCCUGGCCCUGCACGUGCUGAACCUGUGCGAGCUCGUCCCGGAACACCUGGAGACCCGGAGCCUCCGGAACCGGGAACAGCCCGGCCUCGAGCAGGGCAAGGUCCAGAUGUGGGUGGACAUUUUCCCCCUCAGCCUCGGACCCCCCGGACCCCCCUUCAACAUCGACCCCCGCAAGGCCGAGGGGUACGAGCUGCGCUGUGUGGUGUGGAGGGUGCGGGACGCGGACCUUGGGGACAUCAACCUGCUGGGACAGCGCAUGAGUGACAUCUACGUGAGCGGGUGGCUGGACGGGCUCCCCGAGCAGCGGCAGCACACCGAUGUCCAUUAUCGCUCCCUGGACGGGAACGGAGCCUUCAACUGGCGCUUCGUGUUCCCCUUCGAGUUCCUGGCGGCUGAGAAACUGUGUGCCAUCCCCCGCAAGGAGCACGUGUGGAGUUUGGACCAGACGCUGCUGAAGGUGCCACCCAAGCUCAUCCUGCAGGUCUGGGACAAUGACAAGUUCAAGGCGGACGAUCUGCUGGGGAUCCUGGAGCUGGAGCUGACGCGGCUGCCGCGGCCGGGCCGCAGCCCCGGGCGGUGCCGGCUGAGCCCGCGGGAGCUGCCCCGGCUCGCCCGGAGCUGCUGCGGGGGCCCGGGGCUCGCCCGGAGCUGCUGCGGGGGCCCGGGGCUCGCCCGGAGCUGCUGCGGGGGCCCGGGGCUCGCCCGGAGCUGCUGCGGGGGCCCGGGGCUCGCCCGCCCCACCCUGGACCUGUUCCGCAAGAGGAGAACCCGCGGAUGGUGGCCCUGCACCCUGCAGGAGGAUGGCGGCCAGCGGGUCUCGGGGAAGCUGGAGCUCUCCCUGGAGCUGCUGACGGCGCGGGAGGCCGAGGAGCGGCCGGUGGGGAAGGGCCGGGAGGAGCCCAACAAACACCCGACACUGCCCGAGCCCCGGCGCCCCAAGUCCUCGUUCCUGUGGCUGCAGUCCCCGCUCAGCCUCGUGCGCCACGGGCUCCGCUGGCGGUACCGGCUCUGGAUCGGCCUGGGGCUGGGAGCCCUCCUGCUGCUGCUGCUGCUGCGCUCCUUCCUCCCGGGCUCCCUCACCGUGAAGGUUCCCGAGCCUCGCCGGUUCCUGCCCCCGGAUCCCGACCCCAAACCCUGAGGAUCCGUCUGGGAAUCUGCUCUGGGAUCCAUCUGGGAAUCCGCUCUGGGAUCCGUCUGGGAAUCUGCUCUGGGAUCCAUCUGGGAAUCCGCUCUGGGAUCCGUCUGGGAAUCUGCUCUGGGAUCCGUCUGGGAAUCCGCUCUGGGAUUCAUCUGGGAAUCUGUUCUGGUAUUCAUCUGGGAAUCUGCUCUGGGAUCUGUCUGGGAAUCUGCUCUGGGAUCCGUCUGGGAA